AUGCCAUCAACGAGGGUCAGACCUAUUGAGAAGUUUGCAAAAGCUGCUUCUAAAUGCUCUGCAGAGGCAGCCACAUAUGGCAAAUGCAUUGUUGCUGACUACAAUGCAGUGCACAAGGACAUGUGUGCUAAGGAGUUUAUGAAGCUAAAAGAUUGCUUUUUGUCGGCAUCCAAGAAGGGCCAGGCGUACAGAGGGGCUUCCUGGAGACUGAAGAAGUGA